AUGGCGGAAGUCCGUGCAGCAACUGCCGCCUCGGUGGCCGCGGCGAACCUAGGUGAAAAUAAUAUAAGCGAACAACCGUUAGAAGAAGAGGAAGAAGAACAGCAGGAAAGUAGAAGACCUAAAGCCACUGCCUUCAAACAACAGAGGUUACCAGCCUGGCAACCCAUCCUCACAGCAGGCACAGUACUGCCAACUUUCUUUAUUAUAGGCAUCAUAUUUAUUCCUUUGGGAAUUGGACUUCUCAUCACAUCUGAAAAUGUGCAUGAGUUGCAGUUAGACUAUACUGAGUGCACUCAGGAACCGUAUCAGGAUGGCAAUGUAACAGUUAAUUCCUCUCUACCGUGCUCACAAUACGUGUUGAACAUGAGUAAUUUAGGUACAUUCUGCAAUUGUAAAGUACAAUUUGAGAUAACUGAAAAUUUUGCGGGUCCAGUAUAUUUAUAUUAUGGCCUGACCAAUUACUAUCAGAAUCAUCGUCGUUAUGUUAGAUCUCGUGAUGAUUAUCAACUAACUGGCGACAAGACAGAAUCUGUCUCGCAGUUAUCUGAGUACUGUGAGCCAUUUCGAGAGACUACAGUUCCUGGAACCAAUACAACUUUACCUGUUGCUCCCUGUGGAGCUAUAUCCAACAGUUUCUUUAAUGAUUCCAUUUCACUGACAUAUUUGGGUGUUCAUAACAACAUGAACACUCCUGUGCCUGUGAAAUACAAUGACAUUGCUUGGACAACAGACAAGAGUACUAAAUUCAACAAUCCAAGUGGAUACAAUCAUUCUGUGGCAUUUGAGGGCACUUACCAUCCUCCCAAUUGGCAUAAAUUUGUGUACGAGCUGGAUCCAGACGAUCCAGAUAACAAUGGAUAUGAGAACGAAGACUUCAUUGUGUGGAUGCGUACAGCUGCAUUACCGUACUUCAGGAAAUUGUAUCGGCGUAUUGACCAUCAAACGAACUCAAUAUUUGAGCAUAGUUUACCUGAUGGUCUGUAUGAAGCAAACAUCCAGUAUGCUUACCCCGUCACUAUGUUUGAAGGUACAAAACGGAUCAUUAUAAGUACCUCAUCCUGGCUUGGUGGAAAGAAUAUAUUCCUUGGUGUGGCGUACAUUGUGACUGGAUCUCUCUGUAUUCUAUUUGGAUGCAUCUUCCUAUGCAUUCAUUUAAAACAUGGCAAAAGGCACGGCGAUCUGACAGCGCUGAGCUAAAUACAUUUUAGAUGAUCUUCACUGAAUACUGCCACAAAUCUAUCAAUGUCUGUAAAUAAUACAGGUGUACUUAUGAUUUAGUCUGAACAACUAUAGUUGAUAAUUAUGAAAAAUGACUUGUCUUUUGAUGUAUAUAUAAUACAUGUUUUCAAGGUCACUCAUCCUGGUACUUUCAGGGGGGUCAAAAAAAUUGCUGUGACAAUUCGCCAGGAGAGUACCAGGAUGUGUGACCUGAGGGGUCAUAAGCCUUAGGACCAUUUGAGUUAUUGUUUAACUUCCUAUAACUUCAAAGGUCAAAGACUCGUGAUUUUUUUGACCAGUAUUCAUUUUCAGUUUAUUAGUUUUAUAAAUCAAUGGUUCAUUUAAAUGUGCAUCUUAUUUGAGUUGAUUAAGCUUGAUUGUACAAAGGAACAAAUUGAUUUGCUUACAACUUUCCAAAAAGAAAAAACUUUUUUUUUUUAAAUAUUUGUAAGAUGUUUUAGAUGUCAGUUUUUAGAACUUGUUUUGCAGAGAUCUGCUUUGGCCUUUGUUACAUUUGUC